GUCACAACAGUGGAACUCGAUAACCUUGCAGCAGAGACCGCUGCAUAUAUGACCACCAAGCACCCGGACUACGCUAUCCUAGCAGCCCGUAUCGCGGUCUCAAAUCUGCACAAGGAGACGAAGAAGAGCUUCUCGGCCGUCAUCAAGGAUCUCUACGAAUAUGUGAACCCCAAGAAUGGCCGACCAGCCAGUAUGAUCGCGAAGGACGUGUACGAAAUCGUCACGGCCAAUGCUGAGCGCUUGGAUUCAGCAGUUAUCUAUAGCCGAGACUUCAGCUACAACUUCUUCGGGUUCAAGACCCUUGAGCGGUCGUACCUUUUGAAGAUCAAUGGUCGGCCCGCGGAGCGGCCACAGCACCUGCUCAUGCGUGUUGCUGUGGGUAUCCAUGGUGCAGAUAUCGAUCGUGCAAUCGAGACCUACAACCUCAUGUCCGAACGGUUCUUCACCCACGCUUCGCCAACGCUCUUCAAUGCCGGCACACCUAACCCUCAGCUCAGUUCGUGCUUCUUGGUAUGCAUGAAGGACGACUCGAUUGAGGGCAUCUACGAUACCCUGAAGAGCUGUGCCAUGAUCAGUAAGACCGCUGGUGGGAUUGGUCUUAAUAUCCACAACAUUCGUGCUACUGGAUCGUACAUUGCGGGCACUAACGGUUACUCGAACGGUAUUGUUCCGAUGCUUCGUGCAUACGAUGCCACCGCUCGCUACGUGGAUCAAGGAGGCAACAAGCGUCCUGGUGCCUUUGCUAUUUAUCUUGAGCCGUGGCAUGCUGAUAUCUUCGAGUUUAUCGACCUCCGUAAGAAUCACGGCAAAGAAGAGGUUCGCGCUCGUGACCUCUUCUAUGCCCUCUGGAUCCCCGACCUUUUCAUGAAACGUGUCGAGGCCAACGGCAAGUGGACUCUGUUUUGCCCGAACGAGGCCCCUGGUCUGCACGAGGUCUGGGGUGCUGAGUUUGAAGAGCUGUACGAACGUUACGAACGUGAGGGCCGUGGCCGCAAGACCAUCGAGGCGCAGAAGUUGUGGUACGCCGUUUUGGAGGCGCAGAUCGAGACCGGUGGCCCGUUCAUGCUCUACAAGGACUCGGCCAAUGCCAAGUCUAACCAGCAGAACCUCGGCACCAUCAAGUCCUCGAACCUCUGCACAGAAAUCAUCGAGUACUCUGCGCCCGAUGAGACUGCCGUUUGCAACCUCGCAUCCAUCGCACUGCCGUCUUACAUCGAGAACGGUCAGUACAACUUCCAGAAGUUGCACGACAUCACCAAGGUCGUCGUCUACAACCUCAACCGCAUCAUCGACGUCAACUACUAUCCGACCCCCGAGGCACGCCGCAGCAACAUGCGUCACCGCCCAAUCGGUGUCGGUGUGAACGGUCUCGCGGAUGCCUUCAUGGCGCUCCGCAUGCCUUUCGAUUCACCUGAGGCACGCCAGCUCAACAAACAGAUCUUCGAGACGAUCUACCACGCAGCUGUCGAGGCGAGCAGCGAUAUUGCUGAGCGCGAUGGUCCAUACGAAACGUACGAAGGUUCGCCGGCAAGCAUGGGUCAGCUACAGUAUGAUUUGUGGGGUGUUACUCCUUCCGACCUCUGGGACUGGGCUAGCGUGAAGGUGAAGGUGGCCCGCACUGGUCUUCGCAACUCCCUUCUUCUGGCUCCCAUGCCCACCGCUUCUACCAGUCAAAUUCUAGGCUUCAACGAAUGCUUCGAGCCCUACACCAGCAAUAUCUACACUCGACGCGUCCUCGCCGGCGAGUUCCAGAUUGUGUGCCCUUGGCUACUUCGCGAACUGGUCGACCUCAAGCUCUGGGACGACACAAUGAAAAACAUGAUCAUUGCCAACAACGGCUCGAUUCAAAGUAUCAUCGGCAUUCCCGACGACAUCAAGGCGAUCUAUAAGACUGUCUGGGAGAUCUCGCAGAAGAAGGUCCUCGACCUCGCCGCGGACCGCGGUGCGUUCAUCUGCCAAAGCCAGAGUCUGAACGUGCACUUGCAAAGCCCGACGGUCGGCCAAUUGACGAGCAUGCACUUCUACGGCUGGAAGAAGGGUCUCAAGACGGGCAUGUACUACCUCCGUACGCGCCCUGCGGCGCAGGCGAUCCAAUUCACCGUCGACCAGAGCAUCCUUAAGGAGGCUCAGCAGCUUCGCGAGCUCAAGGCGGCUGGUGCCAAGCCUGCGAAGGCUGACGUUUUUGCGGUGUCCGCGCUGUCGUCGCCGUCCACGCUGUCGUCUCCCGCUCCGUCGACGCCCGCGGAAGAUUCCACGCCUGCACCGCAGCUGAACAUCGAGAAGCCUGUCGCAGCGAACGUUGCGCCCGCCGCGUACGUCCCGUACGAGGACAUGUCGCUCGAUGAGCGCACGCGCAAGGCCGCUGCGGAGGACCCCGAGUUCGCAGCUGCGCUCGUGCGGCAGAAGGAGCGCGAGUACGAGCAGGCGAAGCUGAUGUGUUCGCUUGAGAACAAGGAGGCGUGCCUGAUGUGCUCUGCCUAAGCUCUCCCUGUUUCCGCUCCGUCCGUCGCUCAUCUGUUCCUCGCUGUGGUGUUUUCGCUAGUUUGCAUGUCGUGUUCUCUCGUCCUCCCGGUUGUGUCUCGUACGCGCGCGUUGUAGCAUCUCCCUCAUGUACUCUGAUUUUGUGUAGGACCAAGUACUAUCGAGUCGUGUAAUAGCAGUAUAAGCAAUGAUAGAUG